AUGGACAUUAUCUUCGAUCAUGCGCUAAUCGUCCACCCCCACGUCGUCUCGCGGUUAUCCCCCCGCUUGCCCGCCUCCUCCCGUUCCCCCCGCUCGCCCACCUCGCCCCGCUCUCAGCGCCUCCUCCCGGUCGCUCCGCUCGCCCGCCCUGCACCCGUGCGCCCUGCCCCCUCGCCCCGCCCGCCCGCGCCGCCCGCUCGCCCUGCACCCCGUGCGCCCUGCCCAUGCCGCCCCCUUGCCCCGCCCGUGCCGCCCCCGCGCCCUGCCCGCCCGCGCCGCCAGCUCGCCCUACACCCCGUGCGCCCCGCCCAUGCCGUCCGCUUGCCUCGCUCGCCCCUACACCUCUCGCGGCCGGUGGGCGCCUCCUCCUGCCCGAGCUGCAGCAGCCCGCGGCUCGUCCGCCCCCACCUCCGUACAGCCUCCACCGGCGUCUCCUCCUCGCCCAGCCGCAGCGGCCCGCCGCACCUUCGCCCUCCUCCUCAGGUGCCCUUCCUGAGUGGACAUCUCCUGUCGCCGUCUCGAGGGUGUGCCCAGAGUAUUAUUGUUGCUGAGAGGGUUGUGCUAAAUUUCAUGCAAAGAAUGAGUGGAAUCGCUACAAUGACAAAGGCCAUGGCUGAUGCUGCUCGUCCAGCAUGCAUAUUGGAAACAAGAAAAACUGCUCCAGGUUUACGUCUGGUUGACAAGUGGGCAGUACUAAUUGGUGGUGGGAAGAAUCACACGCUUGGAUUAUUUGAUAUGGUUAUGAUAAAAGAUAAUCAUAUUUCUGUUGCCGGGGGUAUUACAAAUGCAAUGACAUCUGUUGAUCAGUUCUUGGUGAAGGAAAACCCUCGAGUUCCUGUUGAGGUAGAGACAAGGACACUCGAGGAAGUUAGAGAUUUAUUGAAGUAUACUGAUGAGAACAAAACUUCAUUAACUCGUAUAAUGUUGGAUAAUAUGGUUGUCCCUCUUCCCAAUGGGGAUCUAGAUGUAUCAAUGCUCAAAGAUGCAGUUCAGUUGAUAAAUGGAAGAUUCGAGACCCAGGCAUCUGGAAAUGUGACGAUCGACACGGUGAAGAAAAUCGGAGAGACUAGAGUUACAUACAUUUCAAGGCAUGAAAACACCUUUAUCAUUCCCUUAACUGAUAGCUCCUCAAAAUUCUCAUUUUCGCUCUUCUGA